ACUAAAUGCUCUUUGCCUCCUUCCAUCCAUUUCUAUUUUAUCCUUUUUCUUAUUUUCCCAACUGAAAUCCUGAGCUGAGUAGAAAACAUUCUCUCCUUCAAUUUAGGGUUUUCCCACCUCAUUAAUGAGGCUUAACUGCAACAAUAUCUCAGCUCUCUGAAGUUUCUGUUUGCUGCUGUGUCCCUCUCUCUCUCUCUCUUUGAGACUCUGAAACAUCUCCCACACAAGGAAAAAGGUAGUUUGCUUUUUUUCUUCUUCUAAUCAAAGGGAAAAUUUAGAGACAGGCGAAUGGCUUCCUCCAGUUCGUACAAUUCGCCUUGCGCGGCGUGCAAAUUCCUGCGGCGGAAGUGCAUGCCGGGGUGCAUCUUCGCGCCCUACUUUCCGCCGGAGGAGCCGCAGAAGUUCGCCAACGUGCACAAGAUCUUCGGCGCCAGCAACGUCUCCAAGCUGCUCAACGACCUCCUCCCCCACCAGCGCGACGACGCCGUCAACUCGCUCGCCUACGAGGCCGAGGCGCGCGUCCGCGACCCCGUCUACGGCUGCGUCGGCGCCAUCUCCUUCCUCCAGAGGCAGGUCGACCGCCUCCAGAAGGAGCUCGAUGCCGCCAACGCAGACCUCAUCCGCUUCGCCUGCGCCGGCGCCAUCCCCCCAUCCCCCGCCCCCGUCGUGGGCCCACCGCGCCAGCGGGGCGGAGGUGGAGGUGGAGGAGGAGGAGGAUUUUAUCAAAGUAAUUACACAUUUCCUUAUAACUACCAUUGCCCAUGGAAUGGUGGUUAUAAUCCUCAUGGAGGGGGAGGGGAUAUGUAGGGAUGGAUGCCUUCAAUUCAUCUCCCCCCCCUCUCUCUCUCUCUAGGGUUUGUUUCUCUCUCACUCUUCAAAUUAAGAUGCAUGCUUGCUUAAGUUAUUUUUGGCACAUCAACAUCAAUUUUAAAUUACAUGUCUAAGUCAUGGUUUGCUAAAGCUAUGUUUCUAGAGUCACAUGCAUCUAUCUAGCUGUCAAUUUUAUAAAAAAGGAGGAAAAAAAUUCAGUGUAAUCCACUGCUUGAUCAAUUCCAAAAUUAUAAUCUGUGCAAGUGUGAUAAUUUAGGCUUGAUCAGGAAUGGGGGUGAGACUCACUAUUUUACUUGUACAAGAAAUGGGCAUGUGAUCACUGUGGAAUUGAGAAUAAAAAGUUGUAUUUGUGUGUGAGAGGUGAAAUAUUUGUAAGAGAAGAUUCUCUAGCCAUGAGGGUGAUCUCCAUUCACCCACAUGUAUUCUUAUUUCUUGUUGAGGACCACUUCUUUA